AUGGCGUCGACCUCCAGCCGCAUGGUCGCAUCCGUCGUCGUCUUCCUGCUGCUGCUCGCCGCCUCAGCACGGCGUGCACCGCCGUUGCUUAAUUUUAUUCGCGCAGAGAUGGGGACGACGAGGGUGGCUGAAGCGAGGCACAGGCACUGCUUCUCGCAGAGCCACAAGUUCGUCGGCGCCUGCCUGAGCGAGAGCAACUGCGAGAACGUCUGCAAGACGGAGGGCUUUCCGUCGGGCGAGUGCAAGUGGCACGGCAUAGUGAGCAAGUGCCACUGCAAGCGGAUCUGCUAG